AAAAUUUUUCUUGCAUCGUAGCAACAGUUGCUAGUAGCAUAACUAAUUAUUUGCCAACGAAUAAGAUUCGUUUAAUUUCAUCAAUAUUCCUUCUAUCUUAGAUAGCAACCUGCAGUGUUUGACUGCGACUCUACGUCUGCCAUGAUAAGGAGCUUCACAAAUUCUAAAUGCAAUCGCAUUGAAACAGAUAUCAUCAUUUUUCUCAAGACUUUUUACGGUAUAUUGACAAAUUUCUGAUUUGAACAAGCUCUUCACUUCUCUCGACACAGCUACUACGUUCGUCUAUUCUCACAGGAUAGGAUUCGUACCGUUUUAAAUGUCACUAUUUUCAGACAUGGGAUUUCUAAAGAAAAACUGCUGUGAUGAUUUAAAUGUCGAAAUGGAUUCAACAGAAAAGUGGAUUGACAUAUUGUCUUUUGAUGGCGGAGGAAGUCGAGGUGUAAUGGAACUGAAGAUUCUCGACGACGUUUUACGUUUGGCAACGAUUGUUUUGAAAACACCUGAGACUGUGAAUUAUCUUGUACAGGAAGAAAAUGACGAAAGCGAAGUAAAUUUCUUGGAAGAUCGUGACGUUCGAGAAAGUUUGAUCAAUGAUCUGAGAAAAGUUCAGGAUCCCAUUCAUCCCACCGAUGUUUACGACAUGAUAGUUGGAACCAGUACAGGAGGUCUGAUCGCGUUUGGUUUGGUUGGCGGAAAUAAAGUUGGCAACAACCAUCAUAAAAGAGAACGGAUGACUGUGGAAGAAUGCAUUCAGAUGUAUCUCACAAAGACUAGAGAAAUUUUUAGGAAGACCUGGUCCCACUGGUUUUAUUCUUACAUACCUUUGCUGUCCAAAAUCCCACUUCUGGCAUAUUCACAAGGUAACGUAGAGAAAGCCCUGGAGGAUCAGUUUGGUGAUUGCAGCUUAUGUGAUCUAGGCGGAGUGGAUCCUUUGAAGAACGUUGCUGGAGCUGUUGCAAGAAGACUUGGCAGAAACGGAGAUCUCGUACUAUUUGAUACAGCAAGCGAAGACUAUAAGAAUUACAAGGCUUACAAAGUCUUGCUCGCCUCCUCAAAUGCUCCAAUAUGCUUUGAUACUCCAGUAGACAUUGGCGACGAUAAAUUUGUAGAUGGAGGCGUUGGUGGAAAUUGUCCUUUGAAACAAGCAAUUCCCAGAGCAAAAAAACUUUUUGGAAAAGAUGGUAAACACGUAAAAAUUGUUUCGGUUUUAUCAAUUGCACCUCCAUUGCCUUUAGAAUCAGCAAUUGAUUCUAAUAGUGGUUUUGAAAGUUGGGUAAAGUAUUUUGUCAACGAAUCAACCGAUGGAAACGCAGUGUACAACGACGUUGUGAAGCAACAUAGAUGGAACAAAAUUUUGUUUCAAAGGUUGUCGCCACGUGGUAGGAGCUUACAAUCGUUUGAACUUGACGAUGUCGAUGUCCAAAAGAUGUUAGAUGACAUGGAAAACGAAAGGGCUGAGGAUGACAUGUUUCUUGUCGACGUUGUUGCCAUUGCAAUGGUUGUUGUCUUUACGUCUGUUGAAAAAGUGAAAAAUGAGCAGAAAACCACGUUGACCAUAGCAGCACAACUUGCUAAAGUUGCAGGACUUGCCUACCAAAGCAGGAAAGAAUAUGAAUCAGCAAUCGUUUCGUACAAAACAAGCAAACGUCUGCAAGAGAAAGUCGGCAUUGAUUUCACUUAUUUCGAAGUCUCAUAUAAUAUCGCAAAAUGCACAAAAGAACAGGGGAAAUUUCAAUGGGCAAUGAACCUAUUUAAAUCCAACGUUAAAAUCCUAGUUGGCCAUCAAGGUGACAAGAAGAUUUAUGAUAUACUGGUUGAUACUUUGAUCGAGAUAGCAGACUGUUACGUGGCAACUUUUCGAUAUGUAGAUGCGGAAGAAUACUUGAAUGAAUUUCUUCCGCAUCUAGAUAUUUUCAAUGAGGAGAAAUUUGCACGUGUCUUUACCAAGGAUGCAUGGUGCAAACAGCAACGAGGUAAAUUUGAGGAAGCUUUCAAUUAUUACAGGAAGGCAGCUACGUACACCCCAGACGACGUUAAUCCUGAAAAGGCAAACAUUCUGAAUAACGUUGGAUUAUGUUUCGUAAGUCUUGGAAUGAAAGAAGAAGGGCUUAAGUUUGUUCGCCAAGCCCAAGAUGUGAGAGAGACGUUAAGUAACGACAAAAAUGAUCCUCUGUUGGCCGAAUCGUUUUUCAACGUUGGGUUUUGCUUGUUGAAGAAAGGUGACUUCAGUGACGCUAAAACAAAUCUGGAGGAAGCUAAAAGACGGUACGAUCAACUUGGGGACGAGAUAGGCAUUUCCUUAGCACUGAGAAAUUUGGCAGCAUGCCUGUCCUUAAUAGAUCCAUCAAAAUACGACCUUGCUUUGGCUUACGCCCAACAGGCUCUGGAAAAGAUAAAAAAUUCUGUCCUUCAUUACUACAAUCCUGGAGUUGCUAGGAGCUUGUCAGCUCUUGGUCUCUGCCUUUUCAAGAUGGGAAGAUUUAAAGAAGCAAAGAAAAACCUGUUAGAAGCUGUGGAUAUCAUCGAAAAUUUGUUUUCAGAAGAUCAUCCAUGGCUGAUAGACAUUUAUCAGGUGCUCUACACAUUGUAUACAGAAGAUGGCGAGCAGAAGAAGGCGGAGAAAUACGAAACGAAAAAGAUGAGGAUAGUCAAUGUGAUAGAAAAAAUGGCUAAUUAUGUGGAUACGACUAAAGAUGUAAGAUGGAAGUCUCUUCCAGAUUUUCCUUUCUGAAAACAAUGGAAAUGGUUUCGUAGUAAAGUUUAUAUAGCUUGGGUAAUGAUAGCUAUAAUAACAUGAAGUACAUCCGGGGAAUAGAAAGAACAUAGUUAACAUUACAAAUGCCUAGCUAAGCGACACCAAUCAGUUUUUUACAUAGCCCAAAAAGGUUCGUGUAAAUAACUAAUCAGGUAAUGAAUGUAGAAAGUCACAGAAUAAACACUUGAAAAGCA